AGGUCUGACGGCGUCCGUGAAGAAAAAACAUCAGAGCUAACGUUUCGGGUCCUGUGACCCUUCCUCAGAAGGGCUGACGGGAUACUGGUAGACUGCCAUGGGAGGUCCGAUAUCGAGGGGCUGACGGGAUGCUGAAGAAAGGUCACCGGACCCGAAACGUUAAUUCUGAAUUUUUUCUUCACAGAUGCUGGUAGAUCUGCUGAGCUUUUCCACCAACUUCUGUUUUUGUUGCUGACAUGAUUCUGGCAGAUUGCCGAGGUUGUCCGAUAUCCAGGGGCUGACGGGAUACUGGCAGACUGGCGUGAGGGUGCCGAUGGCUGAUGGGAUACUUGCGGACUAGGACUGCGAAAGAUGGCGGUGUUGGUGAAGAUGGGGGCUGGCUCGUUGUGUGGUUUGGUGCGGAGCCUGAAGGUCAUGGAGCCGGUCAGGACGGUGACGGGCACCGCUGUGCUUUGUAAACGUGCGGCUCCACUGGGGCCAAUGCCCAACGAAGACAUUGAUGUGACAAACCUGGAGUCUCUGGAAAAGUACCGUAGCUAUGCCCGAUAUCUGCAGCUAGCAGAGGAAAAGAGCUGGCAGCCAACCUGGUGGAAGACUUAUAAGCAAUACACACAAGAGCCUGCUUCGGAGAAAAUUGACAUUGGUCUCCCUCAUUUUAGAGAAUCUCGGAAGAAGCAACUGAGGGAGCGCAGGCGCGUCACCAGGGAAAACCACAAAAACUCUGAUCUUGAAAGUCAAGCACGACAUAGGACAUUGUCAGUUCCGCUGGAUGAGGUGAAAGCUGAAUGGGAGAUAACAAAUGGGCCUUUCCAUUUGCGGAAAAUCAGUGAACACUAUGCUGUUUACAGAGACCUGUUCAAUGGAGCAACUUUCCUUCCCCGUGUGAUGCUGCGUAUUCAGUAUGACUGUGAGGAUGACAUUGUGCCAGUGUAUCACGGGAAUGUGGUCACCCCCACAGAGGCUUUAAAUUCUCCAAAAGUGUCUUUUGAAGCAGAAGAGGGGUCCCUUUGGACACUGCUGCUCACCAAUCCAGAUGGACAUCUGAGAGACAAUGAAUCGGAGUAUGUCCACUGGCUGGUCGGUAAUAUACCUGGGAAUGCUGUAUCAGAGGGAGAGGACGUCUGUCACUAUUUCCCCCCUUUCCCUGCCAAAGGUACAGGAUAUCACCGCUGCAUCUUCAUUCUUUUUAAGCAGGAUAAAGUAAUCGACUUCAAAGAAGACUUCAGACCUUUGCCCUGUCACAGUUUGAAGAUGCGAACCUUUAAGACUUUGGAUUUCUACAAGAAACAUGAGGAUCUGUUGACUCCAGCUGGACUGGCUUUCUUUCAGUGUCGUUGGGAUGAGUCAGUCACGCACACCUUCCACAACCUGCUGGAUAUGAAGGAGCCAGUGUUUGAAUAUGACUUCCCUCCAGUCUACCAUCCACCUCAGAAGAAAUACCCUCAUGGUCAGCCACUCCGGUAUCUGGAUCGAUAUAGAGACAGCCAUGAGCCCACCUAUGGGAUCUACUGAUCUGGCAUCUGCUUUUUCAGGAAACUCCCAGGCCUUGGCAGCUCGAGCUGAGGCCUACGAUCCAAAGUUGGUCUUGGCACCUCCCUUUAUUAGCACAGCAGCAAUCCUGUAAACAAUUUCACCGCACCACUUGUCCAAAAAGCACACGUAAUGAUGGAACAGAAAUAAAUAUUUUUCUAAUAUGCUGGUGUACCUAGAAAAAUUGAAAA